UUUAUUACAGUUGCUAAAGACGGCAAUUAACCAGUACAGCCUGAAUUGCAGAAAGUUUUGACGUGAAGGCCAGUGUAUUCGGCUUUACGUUUACUUAUCCAGAACACAAUUUAAUUGCAUGCCUUCCUCUCUGAUAACACGAAUGUAAUUUGUUUUUUACUCCGGCUGCGAAGCACCAUAUCUUUAUUUGUAAUCUUUGCCGUGUGUACUGUGACCGGUUCAGACAUAAACAUGGUUCGAUUGUCAUCAUGUAUGGCGAACAAUAUUUAAGUUGUUGUUUAUGUGUUUAACCCAAUUGUGCGCGAUGUGUGUAUGUUCAUUCUCACAGUGAAAAGAAAAUGAUAUGAAGUAUUAGUGUUAUUAGUGUUAUGCUGUGGUUCGAGUUAAGAGCGGUCAGCGCUGAUGACCCAGUGUUUACAAGAUGAAUAUGGGCAGAGAGAUUGGAAUAAUAAGAUAGUUCUGACUUCAUUUCAGCCAAGGUAUGGGGCUACCAAACAGUGAGACAACUGAGCCAACCACAGCCUUGGUGAGACGUAUUGGUUCUGCUGUGUUGUAUGGAGCGUGUUCCUUUCUAAUAACCGUGGUGAACAAGACUGUAUUGACAACUUAUGGAUUUCCUUCUGCUCAAGUUCUUGGUCUGGGUCAGAUGGCUGCUACCGUAGCAGUACUCAUUGUUGCACGGAGCAUCAAUGUGCUAUCUUUCCCUCCAUUUGAUAGAGGCAUCUUUCGUAAAUUAUGGCCACUGCCCCUGAUUUACAUGGGAAAUGUUGUCUUUGGGCUCUAUGGGACAAAACAACUUUCCUUGCCAAUGCUUACAGUUCUGCGACGUUUUUCGAUUUUGAUGACAAUGGUAGGUGAAUUUUAUUUGCUGGGUGUUAGACCAACUACAGCUGUCCAAAUAUCUGUUUAUACAAUGAUUCUUGGUGCAAUAAUUGCUGCAAGCAAUGAUCUAGCCUUCAGUGCAGAAGGUUACAUAUCAGUUUUGCUGAAUGACUUCUUCACUGCAGCAAAUGGUGUUGUGGUGAAACAAAAGCUGGAUGCAGCAGAGCUUGGAAACAUUUCAGAGAAAAACAGGCAAUGUGUGACUGUUCACUGCUUGGUUGGUAAGAAGUUCGAUAAUAUUUGUGUACACAAGUGGACUUUAAGACUUUAUUUCCUAACAUCUGAAUAUUAUGCCAAAGUUAAUUUUAUUCUUUGCUGAUUUAUGAUCAGCAGUGCAAAGUACAAUUGUGCACUCAAAAUAAAACAAUUCUUUUAAAUA